AUGGCUCUAACGGUAGCACAAGCAUUCGAAGUCUUCAGUGAACGCGACCGCAAUCGCGAAAACUUGUCCAUCCUCACGUGCACGGAAGAGGAAGAGGUUCUGGACUAUUUCGACGCAGGGUGGGACGAACAAGACGUCGACGGGCUGUCGCUCAGUCCGGUCGAAAGCGUCGACGCCAUGUGGAGCUCAUUCGUUUCGUCCGAUUCGUCUAGUGUGCUUGGCGGGUGCACGUCCUCAGCACCAUCUUCCAACAACCUGUUGUCUCGUCAGCGAAGCUGCCCCCUGCUCAUAUCGACUGGCGAAGCUCGUUCACUACCGAAAGUGAACUCCAUGCCACCUCUAUAUCGGCCCAGCGAUCUGGGCAUUGACCUCGUUAGCAUCACUGGGGACCCACGUGGCGUCAAGAGUCGAAGCUAG